UCUGACUGUUGCUAAGUAACCUCUGCAGGGGGGGCGGCUGCUGCAUCGCCGGAUGCUGCUAACGUACAAUAAAUUAAACUGCGCCGUUUCAGACGCAAAACUUGAACGAGUUGCGACAAAGACGAUGGACGAAGGCACCGAGUUAUCUCUGACCAUCGCUCAGAUCGUCCAGCGGCUGAAAGGAAGCCAUUUACACUCCCAGAUAGAGAGACAAGCCAAAGAGUGUUUACAUCAACCCGAGAUAAAACUGGAAUCUCUUAAAGAAGACGUGCGCAGUUUUCUCAAAACGUCAGGCUGGGAAAGAAAGCUACAGAAUGCAGUAUACAGAGAACUGCACGUCCAGCUGCCCCCGAGCCAUCCUGCGGCUCCUCCAGAGCAUCUCAAAGAGCCUCUGGCCUACAUGCGCAAGGCACAGGCCAGCUGGGAGAAACGUGUCCUCAAAAGCUUGAACAGCAUGAGUACAGAGUUGGGAGUGCCUCUGGCUCGCAUGAGGCCUGCAGUGGAGCAGAAGGAGCUCGCCAACAAAUGGAACGAGAUGGGCACAGAUGAACCAGACUUAACUCGCUUCAGGCCUGUCUAUGCCCCCAAAGACUUCCUGGAGGUGUUAAUCAGCUUGAGGAACCCCAACCAUGAUAGCAGCGAGGACGUCAGUGCCAGGAGCCAUUGGGGCCUCAUCCAGGUUCCCCUCAACGUCAGGGACAUUCCACAGCUGAGACAGGCCUACUCAGAGCUGAACCUCACCACCGGGCAGUUGGGGAUUGACGACCAUGCACACAUCCAUCCAGACUUGUUUGAAAGCGAGUAUGUUCAGAUCGGGAAAAAAGUGGUUGUGGAGCAGGACAGCGCGGCAGCGCAGCAGUACAGCAGGCAGGGCUGUCCCACAGGCCUGCGGGCUGACCUUUGGGCCCUCAUCCUUAACUCCACUAACCAGCCACAGGACGUGAUGCAUUAUGAACAGCUAAAGGCUGGAGUCAUCCAACAUGAGCUGCUGGUGGACAACCUCAUCUAUAAGGAUGUGAAGCUCACCGCCAGUAAUGACGACUACUACUUUGUCUUUGAAGAUUUCCUCUAUCAGGUGUUGCUGUGUUUCUCCCGGGACACCGCCGUCCUGGAGCACUUCAAAUACAACAGUGCCACUCCUCCUAAAUCCUACAUCCAGGGGAAAGUAGGAGAUGACGAGUGCGCUGUUGUUUAUCCUCCCAACGGUGUAAUCCCUUUUCAUGGAUUUUCGAUGUAUGUGGCACCUUUGUGUUUCUUGUACAACGAGCCGUCCAAGCUGUACAGCGUAUUCAGGGAAAUGUACAGCCGCUACUUCUUCAGACUGCACUCCAUCUCCUCCUCUCACUCGGGUAUAGUGUCUUUGUGCCUGCAGUUUGAGCGGUUACUCCAGGCCUACCUGCCUCAGCUCUUCUAUCACCUUCGACAGAUCGGGGCGCAGCCGUUGCGUAUAGCCUUUAAGUGGAUGGUUCGCGCCUUCUCUGGCUAUCUUUCCACUGACCAGCUGCUUCUCCUCUGGGAUCGGAUCCUGGGAUACGACUCACUGGAGAUAGUUGCAGUCCUUGCAGCUGCCGUGUUUGCCUUCCGCGCUGAGAACCUUAUGGAAGUGACAUCACUGGCCUCAGCUGAGGCUGUCCUCGCCGACCUUUCAACCUUGAAGGUCAUGCCGCUCAUCCAGAUCUUUCUAUUUGCCACCGCCAUCUGAGGAGCACGGAGACCACAGUACGUAUGCGUCGGGAUACGUACUGCACACGCCACUCGGAGGAUAAAGAGACACUACAAUAAUGCCACUCUGUCAUGCCAUAACCACACCAACACCACUGGUCAUCCAUCAAGAAACGUCAGCCUAAUGUGUCAAGGAAUAAUGAAGGAGAACCUACACAGGCACCUCAUCUUGCACUUGUUCAAGCAAAACGCCAAUUUCCUCUUUUAGCAUGUACGCACCAUAAAUAGUGAAUCCCCUGUAUCAUAUUAGUAGAUAUUAAACAGUUCAUAAGUAUAGCCUACAGGCCGGUAAGGUUAAGCUGACCUCCUUAAGCCAUAUGCUCUGCAGGAAAGAUGAUAUGCACCGCAGUGCUCGGAUCAGCUGAGAAGCUCAUUAGGAGAUGAGUUGCAUGAAGCAGUAAUUGUACUGCGAUAGGAGCGUGCGAAGAGAACAACAGUAAUGUCUCCAAGCUUGGCUAAUGAAGUGCUAAUUAGCUCUUGCAAUUUAUUCGGCUCUGUAGCUCCUGCUUGUUAUAACACUAUUAGAUAAUGCUGCUGCUGAUGAAUGAGGAGAUUGGAAGCGCUAGCCUGUGCCAGCAUGUCGCGAGAAAUAAUCAAAAGCCACAAACUGAAUUAAACUGUAACUUAUACGAUUAGAAGCUGCUGUGUCUACACAUAAUUUAUUGUAUUUAUGAAGAAAUUGCAUAUAACUGCACAUUUAAAGGAAGCUUAGCACCUUCAGUGCCAGUGUUUUAUUUCAUUUUUAAAUUAUGCAUUUAAUUUCUGAAUGUAUUGACCUAUUUUGUACAGUUUUUAAAGAAGAAAUGCAGUCUAUGUUACCUUUGAUUUAAAUGCAAUCAACUUUAUUUAUUUAUUUCAAUGUCAAACAGUAUUCUUUGCCAGUCAACGCCAACAUCUCGCAGUGUUUUUUUGCAACCUCAAAUAAGACAUUUUUUUAAAUGAAAUAAAGUUAUGUUGAAUCAC